CUUCACUUUUAUUUCCGGGGUUAAAGCAGCCGCCAUAUCUGAAUGCGCUUUAAACACACAGACAUGUUUAUGUUCAGCCAGUUGAGAAAUACAGCAGGAAAAACUAUAUAGUGCUUUAAUAUCACACAAUAUACGUCCGACAGACAGGGUAUAAAGAUGUCAUUGGUGGAUUUGGGAAAGCGUCUUUUAGAAGCAGCUCGGAACGGUCAUGAUGAUGAGGUCAGGACGCUGAUGGCCAAUGGAGCUCCGUUCACUACAGACUGGCUUGGAACAUCUCCAUUACAUUUAGCAGCCCAGCAUGGUCAUUACUCUACUGCUGAAGUGCUGUUGAGGGCGGGUGUCAGCAGAGAUGCCCGAACCAAAGUGGACAGGACCCCACUGCACAUGGCGGCCACAGAGGGCCAUGAGGUUAUUGUGGAUUUAUUAAUCAGGAGUGGUGCUGACAUCAAUGCCAAGGACAUGUUGAAGAUGACUGCUCUUCAUUGGGCAGCCCAGCACGGCCAUCACAACGUCGCAGAGCUGUUGAUCAAACAUGGCGCUGAUGUACACGCCCUCAGCAAGUUUGACAAAUCAGCUUUUGAUAUUGCGGUUGACAUACAACACGUUGAACUUAUACAACUAAUACAGGAGGGAAUGCAGAAUCAGGUGAACAGGAAUGCCGAAGCGUCAAUCAUAAACGGCAGCUCCACCCCACAGUUCAUCAUUCAGGGCGUCCCAAACAUCCAAGGGGGAGUCGUCAACCUCACUGACUUGAUCAAAGCCAACUCGGGUGACACAGAGGAGGCCAUUGCUGUCAGUGCCUUGGACUCGAGUAUCCAGCAAGUGGUCAAUGAAUCAGGUCAGAGGGUCAUAACCAUAUUAACAGAUCAACAUGGAAAUCUGCAGACAAAUGGACUCGGCCAACCGUUCUUUGUCACAAUGCAGGAUGGACGACAAGUAUUGGCAGUUCAAUCCAAUCAAAUAACAGAGGAAGUGGUUGAUGACUCCGAACCUCCUGCCCGUAAAAGAAGAAUUGAGGUUUCAUCCAAUAAUACAGAGACCGGUGAAACAGAGCAUCUCCAGUGGCAGUUACAGGAAGCUAACAGGAAAGCUCAAGCCUAUCGUCAGCAGUUGCUCCGCAAAGAGCAGGAAGCUGAGGAGUACCGCAUGAAACUGGAAGCCAUGGAAAACGGACAGAGCAACGGCACCAUGGCCCUGGACCAGGAGCACGUCGUGUUUGUGCAGGAAGAGGUCGGAAUCGAAGAAACAACGGAGGGAGAAGAGGAAGUAGUCAUGUUUUCAGAAGGUGGCGUAGUCAUCAAAACAGAAGAGAUCGACUCUGCGGACGAGCAGAUAACUUUAGUGGAAGCCACGGCAGGUCACACCGAAGUCAUUUCGUAAAAGAAGGCUCAAGAAGGUGUUGGACUCAGUACUCAAGCAACCAAAGAGUGCAUCAGCACAGUUUUGCUUUGGUUCAUUUCGACAACUUUUUUUUUUUUUUUUGCCAAUUAAGUCCUUUUUGUAAUUUAUUUCCUUGUUCUGUUCAGGUUAAUGUUUCUUGCUUUUAAAUCAGCAUUCACAAAGAAACAACCAAAAUGUGCAUCAUAUGCACGCACACACACACACACGACCAGGGAAGAUGAUUCUUUCUGGGAGUCUGUAUCUGUAGUGUCCUUAAGUGGUCACCCCUGAUUUGUCCUCGAUGGGGUUCAAAACAGCUGGAAAAGGUUCACUCAGGAUGGAACUCUUUGCAAACUGUAUGUUUUUGAGCACCCUUAGAAAUGUAGCUGCCUUACUUAGACAGUUUCAUCGCUUUUGUAAAUAAACAGUGAAACUUCAUCUCAGAAUGCAGCAGCGUUAUGUUCUAUGCAUUGGAAGUAAAAUAAUGCACCAAUUUCAAGGAUUUGAUUUGUAGGUGAUCUGUUCUUUUUCUGUCGGACAAUUUUAAAAUCUAUAGGUCAAUUAAAAGUGCCUUUGGUCAUGUUUAGUUUUCACUCAUAAAGGAUUUUACGUGAAUUAUUGCAUAUAGUAUUUGUUUCAGGGGGUAUAAAGUAUAAUUCCCAUUAAUUGAACAUUUAACUCACAUUCCAUGUGUAACUUGUAUUUCUUUCUCUAUGUAUAAUAUGUUUAAUUACUUUGAAUCUUAAGUUGAGAGCUCUUGUGAACAGUGACAAAGUGAAAAGCUUUCACAAAUGUAAAAUGUCUAAAUCCAAUAUCAGGGUUUUGUAUUUUAUAAUGCAUAAUGUGACCUCCCUGAGUUAUGAAAAAAUAAGUGAUUUCUGAGGUGCGUGAUUAUCUGACAUACUGAUAUCCGCAAUAUGUGGCGAGAUCAGAAGUGAUUUCAAUUUAUUCACAUUUUGUGCUAUAAAACAGAAAAUGGUGGCAGUAAAUGAUGUUUGUUAAGGACAUAAAUGUCGUAACCUCAGCAGAAAUGGUCAAUUUUAAACAGUUGAGAUGCAUAAACGUCUCGCACAGGAAUUAUGUAAUUAUUUGCUAUUUUAACCAUUCAUAAAAUUAUGAAUGUUUCUUUUUUUUUUAGACGUUACCAUCCUCACAUUGUAAACAUGAGCCAUAGUAAUAUACUGGCACUACAAGUUUAUGGAGCUACACUGGUGUAAAUGCAAAAUCUUGAGCUUUGAGUUUCCCCCACUUGUGUUACG